GAAUUGGCCUGUGUCCCACGCUUCAUGAGCAACGGACUAGCGGCGAGGUUUUUCUGUAGGAUGCCGUCAACCAGAUUCAACCACCUACCACUUUCCCAUUCUUUCGACAUUUUCACUCCCCAUCUGUCAAAGGAAGGCAGUCACUUCACCUUCUGAUCCAGCUGUUCUCCGAUCCAUUGUCGUGUGUUUCGUUCCUGCAGACUUUUCGGGGUCCUAGAAAAAUCGGUUCUCAACAGUUAUCCUCUACCAACUUCUUUCGACCGCCGACUGUCCUUUUCCCAUCGAAGUCUUGGUAUCAGUUCAACAGAAAUGGAUUUACCAAAGCGCAAUGCCGGUGCACCGACGCCGCAGAACACACCGGCCAGUAAUGCGCCGAUCUCCUCGCAUGCUCAGGCACCUACGAUAGGCGACAUUCCAGAAGAGGACAUGGAUCGCGCCGCCGCCAGCAUCUUUGCCUCCAAUCCUGCACUGGUGUCACUCAUGCAGAACAAAUUGUCCACGCUUGUCGGCCGCUCGUCUGGCUAUAUUGAGUCGUUACCGCCUGUUGUUCGCCGCCGUGUCACCGGCUUGAAAGGCAUCCAGAAAGACCAUGCCAAGUUGGAAGCGGAAUUCCAAGAAGAAGUGCUACAGCUCGAGAAGAAAUACUUCGCAAAAUUCACACCGCUGUACGAAAAGCGAGCUGCCAUCGUCAAUGGAGAAACCGAGCCUACCGAGGAAGAGAUUGCCGCAGGCAAAUCCGAGGAAGAGGACGAAGAAGCAGAGCCAGAGGCCAACAACGAGGAGAAGACAACUGCUGAAGAUGCAAAGGGCAUUCCGGAGUUCUGGCUCUCGGCUAUGAAGAACCAGAUUUCUCUUGCUGAGCUCAUUACCGACCGAGAUGAGGAAGCCCUUCGAGCUCUGACCGACAUCCGGAUGGAAUACCUCGACCGACCUGGUUUCCGGCUGAUCUUCGAAUUUGCUCCCAACGACUUCUUCACUAAUAAGACAAUCUCAAAGACGUAUUUCUACAGAGAAGAGAGUGGUUAUGGUGGCGACUUCAUCUACGAUCAUGCUGAAGGCGACAAGGUCGACUGGAAGGCAGGCAAGGAUCUCACUGUCCGAGUUGAAAGCAAGAAACAGAGAAACAAGAACACCAAGCAAACCCGAGUCAUCAAGAAGACCGUCCCCACGGAAUCCUUCUUCAACUUCUUCGCUCCUCCAGUCGCACCUACUGACGAAGACGAUGUCGCCUCGGAUAUUGAAGAGAGGCUCGAGCUUGACUAUCAGUUGGGUGAGGACAUCAAAGAGAAGCUCAUCCCCCGCGCCAUUGACUGGUUCACUGGCGAAGCUUUGGCAUUUGAAGAAUUUGAGGAUGCCGAAGAUGCUGAGUUCGACGAUGAGGAUGACGAAGAUGAUGAGGACGAGGAAGAGGCUGAAUCCGAUGAAGAAGAUGAAGAAGAGGGAGGCAAACCUCGAUCCCAGCAAGCUUCAGAGUGCAAAAACCAGUAGACUGAUCACGCAUGGGUCAAUGUGGAUGAAUCAGUUGGAAACUGCUUCCCAGACAGAUGGAUGUCUUGUACUUUGUGCAUGAGUGGAAGCACCGCAGAUCGGCAGGAUACGGUUUUCCAUGGUGCAAACACAACCCCGUACCCACCCGCUUCGAGCAUAAUGGGCGUUUGAGAUGCCGGGGAAGUGAUCCCAUAAUCAUGGAGAGGAUGGCUGGGUUCACCAGGCCACGGGCGGUACUUUCACUUAGUCGAGUUCAUACGGCGUUCGAGCACUAUCACACAAGCAACAGAAACUCCACGGGCAAUGUGCAAUUAUAGUCACAGCCUCAGCAGUAUGUAGUAAUCCUUCCCCAGACCAGGAUAGUCAUAUUAAAAGAAGCCGUUUUCUGUCAUUCACAAA